ACCACUUCUUCUCUCCUGCUCCUCCUCCUCUCUGCUAACUCCCAUUCUCUGUCCUCAUCUCUGGAGUUACUCAAUGCCGAACCUUCAAAAAAAAAGAGAAAGAAAAGAAAAAGAAAAAAAAAAAACCUCACCAAAGACAAGGAGUCCAGGAGGGGGCUUUCAAAUGAAUUCCUUCCCCCUCCCUCCCUUCCUUGUGUUUUACAACUCUGUGUCCUCCCUGCUCAGGAGAUCAGACCAGAAAGACACACACAAGAGAAGUGGAGGCGAAUUUUCUCUCUGUGUGUGUGUGUGUCUAGAUGUAUUUUUCUCCAAGGCUGAAGAUGGCAUUAGGAUCUUGAAGAAAAAAACAACACACACACACAAAACAACCAACUUUCCAGUUCUGGCAUGAAAAAUCCAGGCGUGUGUGUGGGGGGGAAAUCCAUAAAACUUUAUCUAGCCUAGGCAGAGAGGGGGGCAAAGUCUUUGGGAGCCUCUUGAUUUGUGUGUGUGUGUGUGAAUCUCAAGAAGAAAACACAGAGGAGGGGUAAAAACAUUCCUUUUCCUUUGCAGUCAUGGCAUUGAGGACUUCAUUGCUCGGACUCUCUAUAGGGUUACUGUUUUCCUUGCUGGAGCUUUGGGUUAUAUCAGCUGUGAGCCUGGAGCCUGUAUACUGGAAUACAGCAAAUAAAAAGUUCCAGGCGGCGGGCGGCUACGUCCUGUACCCGCAGAUCGGCGACCGGCUGGACCUGAUCUGCCCGCGGUCCCGCCCGCCGGGCCCCUUCUCAGCAGAGGAGUACGAAUAUUACAAGCUGUACCUGGUGCCGGGUGAGCAGGCCCGGGCGUGCGAGAUCCUGCGGGCCCCCAACCUGCUCUUGACGUGCGACCGGCCCGAGCACGACGUGCGAUUCACCAUCAAGUUCCAGGAAUUCAGCCCCAACCUGUGGGGCCACGAAUUCAAGAGCAACCAGGACUACUACAUCAUCAGUGAGUGCCUGGACGCCUGGGUUCUCCCCCAGCUUGUGGGGCUGGGAGCGAGGUCUGAUGCAUUUCCCUCCUGCCUCUCCGCGCCGGGCGAGGGGUCCCCGGGUAACCAGCCGCCUUGGCCCAGAGGUGGCUGCCUCUCCGCGCCGGGCGAGGGGUCCCCGGGUAACCAGCCGCCUUGGCCCAGAGGUGGCUGCCUCUCAGCGCUGGGCGAGGGGUCCCUGGGUAACCAGCCGCCCUGCCCCAGAGGUGGCCGCAUCUCAGUGCUGGGCGAGGGGUCCCUGGGCGCUGACGCUUCCUGA